UCCUGCUCACAUUAGCAUAGCCCAGCCUGUAUCGCACACACACCCAGUAAUACCUCAUUUUGCCACUGGACUGAGGCCAAAAGCACAAGCAUUACAGUGAAUAUAAAGCAGGAGGUUACUGGAAAGAAUCACAAACUAACAUGAGACUGGACAAAAUUCUUUGCAAAGAGCAGAAAAUGUGAUCCUGGAAAUAAACAGUUCUUACAUUUCAUGGAGCUGUUUAUAUGAUUGAGCAUUUAAUAAGUGUUUUUAUUGAGUAUAGUUAGCAGCUGCAGAAAUCAAGUGCUUCUGUUCAUUGUUUCUUUUUUCUGUGUAGUUUUGGAACUACAAAAUCUCUGAAGAGAACUGGAUACUGACAGAGAGCAGGGAGAUUCCUCAGCUGUGCACUCUUCUAAAAGAGAAACUGCUUUUGAGGGCUGGGGAAGAUGACAGGAGCAAAAAGGAAAAGAAAUGCAGUCUGCAGGAAGAUGCAGGCUGUUCGCUUUGAAGAUAUCAAAAUCUGGUGUAUGAGAAGGCUGCCCAUCUUGAAAUGGAUGCCUGUCUACAAUUGGAAGGAAAACUUGAUUCCUGAUACCGUUUCUGGGAUGAUGCUAGCCAUCCAACAGGUGACUCAAGGGCUGGCCUUUGCUAUUCUGUCUUCAGUCCAUCCGGUUUUUGGUUUAUAUGGCUCUUUCUUCCCUGUCAUUAUAUAUGCCAUAUUUGGAAUGGGACGUCAUGUUGCAACAGGAACUUUCGCUUUAACUUCCUUAAUAUCUGCCAAUGCUGUUGAGCGUCUUGUUCCUUCAGCCAGCGCUAAUUUCACUACAAACAAUAAUUCAGGAGUUUUGGGCCUACCAGAGUUCGAAAUGCAGAGGAUUGGUGUUGCAGCAGCAGUGUCAUUUUUAGGAGGAAUCAUCCAGGUAGUGAUGUUUAUGCUGCAGUUGGGCAGUGCCACACUCUUAUUAACAGAACCAGUGAUAAGUGCAAUGACAACAGGAGCAGCUACACAUGUUGUGACUUCACAAGUGAAGUAUCUGCUGGGAAUGAAAAUGCCAUAUAUAUCGGGACCACUGGGAUUUUUUCAUAUUUAUGCCUACAUAUUUGAGAAUAUCAGAUCAGUUCAGUUGGAAGCUCUACUUCUCUCCUUGCUGAGCAUUGCAGUGCUUGUUCUUGUUAAAGAACUAAAUGAGAAAUUUCAGAAAAACAUUAAAGUUGUUCUUCCCAUCGACCUCCUUUUGAUAAUUGCUGCAUCCGUUGCUUGCUACUAUGCUGAUAUGGAAUAUGUCUAUGGGCUAGAAGUUGUGGGACAUAUUCCUGAAGGGUUGCCCUCUCCAAAACCACCACCCAUGAAUGUCUUGCCUGAAGUAGUCACUGAAGCUUUUGGAGUAGCGCUGGUUGGUUACGUAGCAUCACUAGCUCUUGCCCAAGACUCUGCUAAAAAAUUUAAAUACACUGUGGAUGACAACCAGGAAUUUUUGGCUCAUGGCCUCAGCAAUGUGAUUCCUUCAUUUUUCUUUUGCAUACCAAGUGCUGCAGCGAUGGGACGGACUGCACUUUUGUACAGUACGGGCGCCAAAACACAGGUUGCUUGCCUUAUCUCUUGUGCAUUAAUUCUUGUGGUGAUAUAUGCAAUUGGACCUAUGCUGUACUGGCUGCCUAUGUGUGUGCUAGCAAGCAUUAUUGUUGUGGGCUUGAAGGGGAUGCUAAUACAGUUCCGGGAUUUAAAAAAAUAUUGGAAUGUGAAUAAAGUAGACUGGAGCAUAUGGGUUAGUACCUACAUAUUUACAAUAUGCUUUGCUGCUAACGUGGGACUGUUGUAUGGUGUUCUCUGCACUAUAGUAAUUGUGAUUUUCCGCUUUCCCAGAGCAAAGACACUGAAUUUGAAAAACAUGAAAGAAGUGGAAUACAAAUACAAACCAGAAGAUAAUUGUGAAUCAUUAAAACAGGUAAACAUAGUUUCAGUCAACAACCCAUUAGUCUUUUUGAAUGCCAGGAAAUUUCAUGCUGACCUGACAAAGAUAAUGCAAAAGGAUAACAGGAGCAGCGGGGCAUGUGAAGAUGUAAACAAGAGUGAGCAGAACACAUUGCUGUGUUCAUUUUCCAAUGGAAGUUGUCAUGGUGAAUCAUUGCAGUCAUGUCACAGUGAGCAACGUGUUUUGAUAUUAGAUUGCAGUGGGCUGAAUUUCUUUGACUACGCUGGAGUCUCAGUGCUGCUUCAGAUUUACAUGGACUGUAAAAGAAGACACAUCGAUGUGUUGCUAGCACACUGCAAAGCUUCCUUGAUAAAAGCAAUGCAGUACGGUGGAAAUCUUGAAUCUGAAACUCCUGUCUUCUUUGAAUCUAUUUCUUCAGCCAUCGAUGCCAUUCAGAUUCACAGGGUGAGACUUACAGGAGGGAAUUACAGCAAGUUCAGUGAACAGAGUGAAAUGUGAUGUCAACUCAUUGAAUAUGGAUAGUUUCAUCUGCUCAUAUUCAGAAUUAACUACACCACGGUUUCUCCUUAGUUUUUUUCUCCGAGGGAUCUCAUAGAUGAUCUUUUGUAUGCCAUAUAUAUUUACUACAUUCAGUAAUGACAGAACUGCCAUUCAGAAAACAAAAAAUCUUUCAGCUGCCAUCAGGCAGAGAAUGUCCAUGCAAUUGUUCUAUAGUAAGCUUAUAUAAUAUUUUUAAAUAGAUUUAGAUACAAAUUAUUAAAAAGCAGACAUGAGGUACAGGCUGUGUUUACUAGUGAGGUAUAUUCUUUUAGAUAUCUUCUAUUGUAACAUUAGUUGUAAUAUGCAUCUGUAGUUUUGUGUAUGGAAUAGAGACAUUAUGAAUUCUUAAAAGCAUUGCGUUAUAUUUGGUACAAUACAUGCAGGAAGCCAUAUACCAGUGCUGUGUCUAAUGGCUUUACUUACCCUUUCUUCUGUUCAAGACAGCCAUUUGCAAUAGCAGCACCAUAUCACAGCUAACAUACGCUUCUAUUUUUUGUACUUGGUUUUGCAUGCUUUUUAAUGCCUGCCAAGGUCAGUGGAAGCACUGUAUGUUCAGAAAAGGUGGAUGUAUGCUGGCUAAGUGCACUGGCUUGUCUCCCCCUUUAGAAGUUGUCAAAAGUUAUUAUUACAGUUUGCUACAUUUUCAAAGCCACAGAUAUCCUUUAGCUCAGAUCAAAGAGAAAAAUCUGGCAAUAUUUUUCCAAAACUUGUUCUUGUUUCCAGCAUAGAGUAGUCUUCAUUUCCAGUUAGAGCUGUGAUUUGUUUGGUGUAUGAAAUCUUCAGCUGUGGCAGCUGAGGGAUGACAGUGGAGAGAUAUAAAAUGUCCCAAUCCUGAUGUGCAGUUCUAUGUGCAAGCACACAAAUGGGCUGGAAGAAUUUAAGUAUUUGGCCUGUAAGUAUGGAUUGCUAGCAACCAUAUUAGAUUGUGCUAUCAUAUCAGUAUCAUUUUAUGUGGCAAGAUGUGUGACUUUUUUCUUCUACCUUUGUUGCCAUACAUGAACACUAGCAGUAAAAAGUAAGUUGAGAAAAAAAAAAUCAAAAAAAUGAGAAAAGAUGAAGUAGUCUUUUUCCUCACUGACUUAAAAAGAACCUACAGAAGCUAAAAGGUAAAUGAAUAUGUCACAGCCAUAACGGCCAGGUCAGUACUGCAGAGAGAAGUACAAGGAUGCUUUUUGUAGCUGGAGUCUGCAGGCAAUAUCUGAUGUUAAGAAUCCUGAUUCAGCAGCAGUUAACAUAUCGGUGCUUGUCUGGACUCUCCUUCCUCUGUGCCCAAAGAAGCUACCUGCAGUAGAUGAGGUGGCCCAUGGAGUGAUUUUCACAUCUCUUCAUAGUUGUGCUAAGGCUUUUCUUCUGGUCUUGGUGAUGUCACGCUACUAGAAGACAAUGGGAGAGAGCCAUGGGAAUUUUUACCCUUUCACUUAUAGGUGACUCAUGGAGUUAUUUCCUGGUUUGUUCUGCAGAUGACCAGAAGUGUUCUAUAUAUGUUCUUCUGAGUCUGCUUUCAUAAUUGCUAUUCAAAGGGUUUAUUAGUAACCAUGAAUUCUGUACAUUGUCCUAGGUGCAUUGAUUCGAGAGGCUGUAGUUGAUUGCAAAUAAUGCAUUACAUCCUUGGACUCAGUAACAGGCUAUAACAUUUGAUUAAUAACUUCCUCAAACAGUUUUAGUAAUUUAUUAACACUCUGGAAACUGUUUACAAUGUAUUUUAAUUGUAGAAGCAUCAAUUUAAUGUCACAGCUGAAUGGAGAUCUCAACUACAAAAUGAAUAAAUGAAUAAAUGGUAUCUUUUCUACUACAUUUGGUAUUUAUUCUCUGACAGUUAAAUGUUUUGUUUUGGUUUUUUUUCCCCUGAAAAUUUACAGAUAAAUUGAUUAAUGAAAUUAAAAAUAGGGUCUUUAGCAAAGAUAGCAUCUACCAGGAGAGUUUCGUUUUUUUUCUGAAUGAUCUUGUAAAUGGAGCCACAGAGAUACUUUUAAAAUUCUUUGCAGUGUUAGCCUUAAUGAAACCCUGUGCAUCUCUGCAUCAAAUUAACAAAAUGGCUUCUAAUUUCCACUGCUUUCAAUAGGCAUAACUUUCCACAGCUAAAUGGCUUUUUGGGUAGACAUUUAUUUCCCAUUAGUUCAAAGACCUUGUUAUGGCACAGUGUCCUUUUAAAAAUGAUUUCAUCAGUGUAAGAUUUCAAAAUGUCUUAUUGCCGUGAUUACUGCUUGAUUGUCUCUCAGGGCAGAAUCAGGGAUGAAAUACAUUUCUUCCCCUGAAACAUUUAAUCAUAAUUCUAAAUUUUUUAACCUUUCAACUCUGGGUUUUACGAUACUUGUAAUAUUCCUGUACCUUAUACAAUUAGCCUGAAUUUCUUUCUAUUUUCAAGAAUAUACUUUGCUAACAAGAUUUCCUUUCCAGAAAGUGUUACCACUUAGGAUAGCUGUUUCUCAACGGAACAGAGCAUUCAAGGGACCCAUGAAGAUAGCCACCCUUUCAGUUGCUUCUAAACCAGCAGUAGUGAGUUUAAGAUCUGUUGGACCAGAACUGCUUGAAAGAACCAGUUAGUGGGUGAGGGACGGUCAUUUCUUUUUUUUACCAUUGACCAAGAAAGGCAAAUUACUACUGAUGCAGUUUCUAUUCCAACACCACCACUCCCGAGUGGCUGAUGUUUACUAAAACUGGUGAUUGUACGUUGCCAGUCUUCAAAUGACCAGGAUGCCAUGCCAUCAGAUC